AGAGAGAGAGAGAGAGAGAGAGAGACAGAGAGAGACAGAGAGAGAGAGAGCGAGAGAGAGAGGUGACUGUAGAGUGAUGGGACCGGGCUGAGGGAACAGCAGCGAGUGAUCACUCUCCGAGUUCGUAAUGACAGCAGGUAGACAGAUGUGAAGGAUGACUUCUUGCUCAGAGAUCUGUGGGUCGGAGUAUGUUGAGCAAGCUCAAGCCAACGGGAACUGCCAGCAGUAUGGAGUCCGCUCUUACCUACACCAGUUUUAUGAGGAGUGCACAGCUUCUAUCUGGGAACGUGAUGAAGAUUUUCAGAUUCAGAGAUCACCUAGCAGGUGGAGCUCUUUACUCUGGAAGGUCUGUCUCGCGUUCGGCUCCCUGAUCUUGUUUGCAGGCCUCAUUGUUGUUUUGGUGGGUUAUGCCACUCCAACCAGGUACGAGGCAUUUGGCGAGGACGAUCUCCUUUUUGUUGACAGCCACGCUGUCAGUUUCAACCGUGCACUGGAUGUGUGUAAGCUGACUGGUGCUGUGUUGUUCUGUGUGGGAGGCACCUCCAUGGCUGUGGGACUCCUGCUGUCUGCCUUUGCCAAAAGCUACUCCAAAGAAGAACUGUACUUGCAGCAGAAGUUUAAGGAGAGGUUGGCAGAUCUGCACGCAGUUGGUACCCCCAUAAUGAGAGCACCAACACCCGGAGAGGGAAAGGUGCCAGUCACACUUUCCAAAGUCCAGAACAUCCAGCCAGUGACCACAAAGUCAGAGACCUGACAGAAGUCCAGAUGAAGGCGUGAAGUGUGCGUGACGAGUGUUUUGGUGCGCAGACUGUGUGCAAGUGCGAACACGUGUGUGGAUCAGUCUACGUGUGAAUUUCUUUCUUUUGAAAGGUCAUCUUACAUGUCCUGUAGUAUUGGUUAUUCAUCUUUAUUUGCUGUGUUUGAAAUUAACACUUUAUUUUAAAGUAAUAUAGCAACACAUCCUCACACCUAAACAACAUUAUAGGUUGAUUUUCCGAAGACUAAACACGUAUUAAACAUAGUCCAAUGUAACUAGUGAAGUUUAGGCAACAAAAAUACGUAGCGUUAGUAAAAAAUCAGGGAUUGGCUUAAAAUACUAAAAUGAGGACGUAACAUAGCAACAUGUAGGUGAUUGAAUCAUGGAUUAAGGUCCAUAUACUGAUAGGUAAAACUUAAAUUUCAAAACAGUUGACCUUUGAUUUCACACGAGACACAAGAAACGAAUCCCGGUCUCCUGAGUGAAAUUCCUGUGUUUGUUUGACCCUAACAGGAAACUUAAUAUUCGGCCGUUAUGAGCUACUUGCACAAUCGACCCAUGUGGUGGUUUUUUGGCUGAGCAAAGUUUAAGCCUUCUUUUUGGACAUCAGUUGUAUUAAAUUUAUAGUGAUCCGAUAAAGCACAUGCAGGUCUUGAGCCCUACCCAGAAAACAAAACACAGAAACAAAUCAAUAGAACACAGCCGCUGAACAACAACAUCGUAGCUUCCACCGAGUAUUUUUUCUGUCAAGAGGAUUCACAUUUUGUAAAAAAGGAUAGUGUUAAUGCUGGAGGGUGCAGAGCAGCAGAUGCAGUGUUGUUUGAAGUUAUUGGUGAUUGGCCCCCAUUGCCAGAAAAUGAUCAAAAGAAGAACUGAACAAAACAACCAUUAUCUCUGCCUAGUGUCUAAAAGGCAACUUAGGAUGAGAGUUUCUAUGUGCCUACUUUGUGUGUACAUGUAUGUGCAGUGCAACUUUAUCACAACACUCAGUCAGAGCUGUCAGUCACAAACGCACAGUAUACGUACAUGUGAAUACUUCUUUUAAGUUUACAUCCAACAACAAGCCAAGAGCAGUCUUAACAAAUGAUCUGCUAGAAGUUCACACAUCACCAGAACAGAUUCGAGAAAAACACAGAAUAGAGCAGACCUUCAGGGUAGAUUUAACACUGACAUUAUCUUCUGUCUUAUUAGGCCUCUGACAUUGUCUCCCUCAGUGAAUCUACAGCAGGAUUUAUAGACCAGACCAGACCAGACACACUGAUGAAAGGUACAUUAAACCAUACUCUGUCAAGUAAAAAAAAUCAUAAUCAAACAGAUUACUUUCAAGAUAAUACAAAUAAUGCAUUCUUAAUGCCUUCUAUCUCUAAAAAAUAUAUAUUAUCUUUUUUCAUUAAGCAUGCUAUUCCUUUCUUUGUCUCUUUAUCUUCCUUUGACAAACACAAGCAUGUAGACACACACCUAUCUGACCAAGCAUGUACAUUUUUUGCAGUUGGUAGUCGUGAGUUAGAGAUGUGCAGGUGCUGCUUGUUGAAAUGAAGACCAACAAUGUGACAGCUUAUAUAACAUAACAGGGGGAUAAGGAGAGUGCAUUCAGAUCUCCAGUGAGAUCACACAUCAGCUACAUGUGUUUGACAGCGCUCAUUGUUUAGUCUGUCUGGAUCCACUGAUGCUUUCAACAAUAACUGCCUUCCUGUGCUCAAACACAAAACUUGAAACUACAUUGAGCUGAACAGCAUACAGUACUUAUGUAUCACUAAAGCUUUUUUUUUAAACUGGUUGCAUAUUCACUUGCGUACCAUAUGAGAAACAGAAGAAGGUUUUUAUUUUAUUUAUUGUAUUCAAGCUUGGCACUCACAGGCGCUUUAUCUUCAACUUACAAGCACAAUAAGCUAGUAAUGGUCAUGUUUUGCUGCUUUUUAAAAACUUAGUGUAUUUUGAAUAUAUAUUUUUUUAAAUAUUGUGACCAUGCCACUUUAAAUUGUAAGUUGUAUGUUGUUGCUUCUUGUGUUUGUUUUGUAUCCUUUCCCAACACCUUUACACCUCAACCACAGAAAGGGUCGAUUGUCACUGAUUCUCAAAACAACAUUUAUAAGCGUUCUAUUUAGCGUUGUGAUAUGCCCCCCCGGUGGCUGUCUUCAACACCUGACAUAAACAUGUGAUCGCGGUGGCACUUUUUGUCAUGGGACCAUUCUAUUUAACGUAACGUAGUUAAAAUGGAUUAAGUUUAGCUUUAAGUUUAAGUUUAGUUUUUAAACAAACACAGGAGUUCUACCCAGGAGACCAGAGCUUGUGUGUCAAUGAAAUUAAAAAUACACAGCAAUUUUCUUUAACUUUGCAGAACAAACUGAAUUACGUCACGCUCUGAGUCAGGUGGGUAAUCCGAAGUGAAGUAACGCAAACCACAAUAUUUUUCUGAACUUAAGUAGUUAAGUAGUGUUUGUGUCUAAACAUAACCAAACUGUGAUGGGUUUAAAACCGCGACCAUUACAUUCUCUAAAAUGCUCCUGUAGGUCGUAUUUCCUGCCACCGCCAGGGGCGUUAAUUUAUGAAACGCUCCUAUAGGUCAUUUUAGAGGGUAGGAAUAAACGACCUAUAGAGUUGUAUGUUUCAGAGGACUUGUUGGGGUCCUUAUGAGCUGCUUGCACAGUCGACCUAUACAGUGGGUGAGGAUGGUAUGUUUAUUGCACACAGAUACAGCAUAUAUUGUAAAAAUGCAGCAUUCUUUUUUUACUGUACUUGCUUAGAACAAUGUUUUGUGUUAGUCACAGUCGAAGUCCCAUCAAGCUACAUGCCUCGUACUGUGCGCCAAUGCUGCAGGUCUGUCCAAACAUUGUAUCCCCUUCAAAUCUAUGAAGCAACAAUGGCAAAUACAUAAAACAAUACAGGUUAUUUAUAAAUACAUGUUAUAUAAGCUAUAAAAGCUAUUGCUAUGCUAGCCACCUAUGUUCAUGUAAGUUGACCUUUUAAUAUUUUAACAUCCUACUUUUAACAUCCUACAACUAACGAUGUAAUUUCAAUGUUGAAAUUACAUCACAGAAUAGAGUGAAAGUUGUAGGAAUAUGUAGGAAUAUUAAUAUGUAUCUAAGACCAAGGUCUUAGAUACAACACAAACAUAUAUAACUAUACAGAACAAUAUACUAAUAAUGAAGAAAUGUUCAAGGAAUUUACACAACCACUGUUAAGCUGCAAACAUACAGUACAAGAAGAAAAACCCAGCUGUUAAACAAUCUGUUAUGAACAAACCAGUGUGGUCGGAGCGUUAUUAAGAGAUCAAUACAUGUGCUGAUUUGGAGUUUCAUGCUAUGAAUUGUGAGUUUAUUUGUAUCCUUACAUUGGCCAAAGUUGAGUUCUGCAUUACAAUCCCAAAUGGAUAUUUUUCUGCUCUUAAUCUGACCAUGUCCCAGGUUAAGUGGCUCCUGAUGUAACAGUGGAUUCGAUAACACUUUAUAAUAACAUCAUUAUCAAAUGGUAAAUUGAUAGUUAAUUAGUUAAUAGUUAUAUACAAUGUAAUGAUGAUUUAUAAAGUUUACGAGUAAUGUUAUAAUGUAUCUUAUUUUAUCAUUAGUUUAGUGUAUAUAUAGUAUAUCAAAUAAUUAGUUAAUACAUUUAAUUGUUAAUGGUCAAUAAUUGUUUUGUGAACCAUCUAUAAACAUUAUUUGGAUGCUAUUAUAAAGUUGCAACUGCAAUGCUUAUAAUUAGAUUAAUUUCAAAUUGAUUAAUGAUCAAUAGAUGGGUAAUAAAGCACCAAGUAACAUUAAUUUGGACCAAUUUAAUCUUUUUAGUGAUCAAAGAAAUAGAUGAUUAUUUGAUAUAUUUGUGCACUGAAUAGUGAUAGUGAAUAGUGAUAGCUAUCUAAAUAAUGGAACAUACCUAUUAAGCAUUAACAAGGUAUUAUAAUCAUCAGUUGCAACUUUAUUAUAGCCAUCCAAAUAAUGUUUUUAAACAAAUUACAAACGAUUUCUUAAAGGUUUACACAUCAUUUGGGUAAUCAUUAACAAAUACUUAAUAUAAUAUAUAAAAUGUUAUAUGAGCAACAAUAAACUGUUAAAAUAACAAUUGUAGCAUCACUCAUAAUUAGUAAACAAUAGUAGUCAUAAUUUUGUGUUGUUCGUUAAAUACAUAUUGACUUAAGUUAAAUUAACUAUCAAUUUGCCAUGUAUUAAUGAUGGUUAUUAUAAAGGGUUACCGUGGAUUCUCCUAGUAAAUAAAAAAAUGUAUACUGUAUUUAUUGGAGGUUUUAUUGGAUAAAGAACAAAUAUAUAUCAAUGUCAAUAUACAAUUUUUCUAUUUUUCAAAGAACACAAUAAAAUUGAAAUAUCCACAGCUCAAAAUGUGUGAAGAUUGUAUUUAUCGUUUUAAUUGAAACAUACUCACUAAACUAUACAUAGCAAAUGGACAGAAAAAAGUUCACUUCAUCACCACUUAAGUUCUAUACACAUUUUACAUUGUCAGUAUAUCUUCAAGAUUGAUAAUACUUCAUACCUAACCAUGCAGAGAACAGAAAUAAAUGUUAUUAUGCAGUUAUCACAAGGCCAUUAGGCCAUCUGAAUCGCUCAAAUUAGUGAUAUAAUGUGAAUAUGUCUGUUUUAUUCUUGUACUGCUUUUUCAACCUUGUAAUUGUACAAAUCACUGCCUUGCUGUUUUGAAUUGUGCCAAACAACUGGCACUUUUGUCAUCUAAAUCUUACCUGAAAUACAGUGUCAGUUCAAUAUACUUGA